AUGAGAGCCUCUGCUUGCCUCGCCGCCAUCAUUCCCGCGCUGGCCGCUCAGUGUGCUCGUAUAGUCCAGUCCAACGAUGAUGGAUGGGCCGAAUCGUAUAUCCGAUCUUUCAACGACGCGUUGAUAGCCUCUGGUCACGACGUCGUGCUAUCCGCGCCCGCAGAUGACCAAUCAGGAACCGGUGCCAGCGACUCACCGCCAACUCCACGCAAUGAUGCAUGCCAGUACAAUUCUUGCAUCCCCGACGGCAGCCUUACCGGCCACAACGCCACCCGCCCCGAUCUCAACUGGGUCAACUCCUUUCCCGUCACCUCCAUGAAAUACGGCAUCGACACCUUUGGCCCCCAGCUGUGGAAUGGCUCUGCCCCUGACAUCGCCGUGUCAGGCAUCAACGUGGGCACCAACGUCUUUGUCCAGUUGCCAUUCUCGGGAACCGUCAACGCUGCGACUUUUGCUGCGCUCGAAGGCAUCCCUUCUAUCGCAUUCUCCGCAGCCUCUGUUGGCAGACUGCCUUUCGACGAGGAACCGGUGCCUCUCCGUAGCAUUCUGUAUGGCCAACUCGCCGCUCAGUUGACCAACAAGAUCAUCUCCUCGGGAUCUCCAUAUCUCCCCCGAGAUGUCUUCCUCAACGUCAACUUCCCCAAAGCCGAGGGCAACUGCACCGAACUCUCCAGCUUCCAGUGGGUCCUCAGCCGUAUCAACCCUGGUAUCAUCUCGCCACCAGAUGUCGCAUUCUGCGGCGGUAAACGCCUACCAACCGAGCUGUCCGUCAUCACGCACGGGGGAUGUUUCAUCUCCGUUAGUGUUGGCAACGCCAAGGACAAGACAACUGCAUCUACUAGCGAGCAGGCUUUGGUGCUGGAUAAACUACGCGAUAUGCUAACUUGUCUACAUGUGUCUAGCGGAAUCCGUCCUCAACCAGAUUUCUAG